GCAUCCCCAACUACAGAGCCAACAUCAAGGUGUACCCAGUACAUAUCUUCCAUCUCACGUUCGUUGCCAUAGCCACCCUGCUGGGAAAUGGAACAGCUUUGAAGCAAGGGCCGGGGGUUGGUUUCAGUGAGUGCAAGGGUCCUUUUUUUACUGAAAUUAAUCUACAAAUUACCGAGCGACAGUGUAAAUUAGGUGUUCCUUUUCCGGAAUCAAGUAUGACAAAAGAGCCCGACAGGAGGUAGGGUAAUUGGUCAAGGAUAUUCGAACGAAUCUCAAGGCUGUGAGUGAAACGCGUAAAAAAGUGUUCCCGUUCAGAGGCUGCUGGCAAGGGAAGAAAAUAAAUCGGAGAAAAUGGCCCUCAGGUUGUUAUCCGUGUACGAUGGUGCUCCACCGAUGAGGGCUGCAGCAGUCAAGUGCUUACCGUAGUAUCAAAUUACUACAAAUCCCUCAUCUCGUUGGGGAUUCUUCACACGAGGCUAGUGUCUGUUCUGGUGUGUGUUCUUGUAGUACGUUUGCAGCAUUUAUUGCUACAAUAAAAGAAGAAGGAAAAGAAGAAUAAACGCCCAUCCGUGCACGAUAAUAAACCCCUUACGGAGUGACGACGCUGCUACUGCUGGCAUACGACAGUAGGUACCAUACAGAGUGCUCAAUUAGGGCUGCUCGGUUUUCAGUACAAAAACGAAAAGCUCCUGCUACUGGAUGAAAUUAACAAAGUUAUGCAGAGUUCUGUUUCGCCUUUAAAGACCUACUAUAUAAAGUGAAGUAGAGCUUCCCAGAAACCACUGCCGGAGCCGGAGAAAAUCAGAACUUUACACCCGAAAACAGAAAAAAAAAACAAUAUCCACAUAAAUACACCCACGCACUGCCGACGCCAAAAUCAGACCCAUCAGAGUGGUAGCUCAGGCCUUUGAAGCUCGACUACCCGGGCAAGACCACCUGGUCAUUAUUCGCGUCACGCCACGGUUGUGUCCCAAGGAGUGGUUGCUGCGUAGGGUGGUGACAGGGUGGCUUCAGCAGCACUAAGUAGUCCAUCCGAGCCCAAAGAAGGAUGGGAAGCUUACCGAAUCUCAAUGAACUGACGACGGAACGACUGGAGCGCAGACUGGAGGAACGCGAAAGGAUCCUAGCGCGGGAUCGAAUCAUCGAGAGAGACUUUUCCCGCGAAAAGGAUGCCACACCGAAGGCGGGACUGGAAAAACCAGUGUUUGUCCAUCAGCAACAGAUCGCUGCAGCGAAAACAUUCCUUCAACAGAAAUGUCCUCCUGCGGCUAGGAAGGUUCUGCGAACUCGCAGUUCUGGUCAGGCGCACCAUAUCUGGGACGACCCAAUGAUUGAGCAAUUCAUCGCCAACUAUUCACCGGCCUCCUCUCGAAGUCACCGGCUGGCGGUUGCCCCGCCUCUAACCAUAGGGUAUCCCUUCCAAAGCUCAACCCUUGGCAACCGACGACGGGAAUCGGUCAACAGUUCUAUUGGUGCUACUUCUGUACGGAGGUUACUCACGGUCAAUAACCGAAGCUACGGGUGUCGACAUAAGAUUCCUACGCACGUGCGAAACAAGGUUACCAAAAACUUCAUCCUUCUUACGAUUGCUCACGGACUGAUGUGUACGGCGUUGGUCCCUCUGAUUGGGUUGCAAGGAUCCAAUUCCACGUGGUUCCAACAGGAACCGUGGCUCGCGAUGGGUCCAGAUGUUGGAUCCGCCUUGCUCAGUAUAUGCUGUAUUGUAACGGCUUUCAUGUGCCUAAUAACGACCAAAGUCCUGCGGAAAUUUGGUUACUCAAUCGUACUGGCUUCGGUCUACGGAGGACUAUGUGUGUUUUUGGCAUCACAUAUCUACCCGGUACUGGUAUCGCUGGUUCCGGGUUAUCUAGUGCUCGGGCUAGUCUUAGGGCCUUCGGUGAUCUGCAAGCAUACGUUGGUGGUUUCAAUGGCCGGAAAACUGAGCUGUUCGCAACCGGAAUGUGGUGGAACCAGCAUGGCCGGUAUCAACGCUGACAGCUUCGACGACCAUAAGCUUCUAUGCAGCAAAGACGAAAGCAUUCGACGACUUGGCCGUUGGUUUCGAGCGGCCGGUGACUUUGGUAUAAUCAUUGGCACUAUCGUUGCGUCGUUCGUACUAACGUGUGCCUCGUCAAACCGCGCCGGAUGCUUCUACAUAUCGGCACUGUCUUCGGCUAAUGCCAGCGGUGCAGCUACGGCUCAAUUGAACAGUACAACAUCGAGUGGAGUGACACUUCGCCUCCCGUCCAUUGAAAUUGCACCAACUUCGACGAGUAAAAGCCUGGCAGAGCCUAAUCCUACCAGCAAAGUGACUACCCCGAGUAUGCCUUCGCUCAAGGAGACUAUGUUCUUCCUGUACAACAUCCGUAUGCAGCCGCACGAAAACGAUGGAUACCAGCUGGACCGAUUUCCCUACAGUACGUUUCAAACCAAUGACUACGGGGAGCGCAUCUGCGGAUCUCACCUAUGUCCAGUUUGGGAUCGGAACAUCCCCAUUAAUAGUAGCACAAUGAAUACACUCAGUAUUCAAUCAUAUACCGGAACUAUACCCUUAAUGGGACUGUAUCUCAUCUGUGGCGUUUUCGCCCUAACCGUUACCGGACUGACAACGGACAUCGAGCACAACGUCAAGUUCGACUCGAUUAGGAAGAUGUCGGACACGUUGCUCUUUGCCGGCCCGAUGGCGUAUUUUAUCGGCACUGAGCAGGGAUACAUGCUGGCCGAUUUUAUGAAGGCAUUCGUAUCGUGCGAGCUGGGACCAAACAGCGUCGCAGGUGCCAUGGUCGGUAUGGGGGUAAUGCAGUUGAUUGCAGCGUGCACCUUGAGCAUGCUGCUGAGACACACCAAACGGGUAGUCGUGAUAAUUGCCGGAUUCAUUUUCCACGCAUGUCUCCUGCUGGUUCUGCUACGCUGGAAACCAUCGCGAGACGACAGUGCCGUUCUCUACGUAAUCCCAGCCGCCUGGGGAGUCUGCAACGCCGUCUGGGAGACGCUGACGACUGCACUGGUCACCCUGUCCCACACGACCAAGGUAGCCGAAGUGAUGUCUCCUCUGCAAGCGCUUCGUUUCCUAGGCCUUGGCAUCACCUUCGCCGGGCAUGGAGUGCUGUGCGAAGCUCCAAAGAUCAUAAUCCUUGCUAUCAUGCUGGUGAUUUCUGUCAUUCCUUACACCAUGCUCGAGUUGAAGCUCGAAACUCAAAGAAAAGCCGCCAAAGUAAACUUAUGACGAUUCUGCGCACACGAUUACUAAUGUUUGCUGAAGUUAAAAUACUUCUAAGUUCCCUGAGGAAGACCUGAGGAGUAUUUUAAAGCCACGCUGAAAUUGGUAAUUGAUGUUUUUGAACGAAUCAUUAAAAACACAAACCAAUAAAGAGACAAACAUAAAACCCCGGUUGUUCAUGAACGGCAAAGUUAACAAAUAUCCAGAAACUUUCAAUAAAAUCGAAAUGAUAUCUACAUAACAACGGUAAUGAUUAAACUUGUUUGAUUAAGCUCUGUUCAAUUCCUAAUCAUGACACAAAGAACUUGUGAAUUUAGAGAUCAUUCUACUCAUGGCAAGACACUAACUAGAAUCAAAUAUUAGAAAUUGAUCGCACCUUUUUCUGUCUCUAAAAUUUAGGACUUAAAAUCAAGGACAAUGCAACAUAAUUAUCUAGAACAUACCUUCAACGUUAGCCAAAUCACAUCAACUUCCUUUUUGUGUGUAUGUAAGGGUAGCACUACGAAUCAGAAUACUCUGAAACUAAGCCAAUCAACCUAUGAAAGCUGCAUGAAACUUGUGCCAAGAUGCCUAAAAUAAAAAUAAACCAAAUAGGAGAUCAAAGUAGGAUAUAGUGAAAUUGUGUUGAAUAAAAGUAGCAGUAUUUUACAAUUGAAAAUACAUUGUUACUUUGGAAGCACAUUCGUGCCAAUCGACAUCCGGAAACUGUCUGCCUCGUUAAAACUGAAACCUAUAUAGGACGCAUAUAAGUAGGAAAAGAACAGAUUUAGGUAUCAGAAAUGUGAAACCUAAUACCCAUUACCCAUUAGGAGCUCCUGAAUAGAAUCACGAGUAGUGGAAGGCGUUGUGCUAGUAUAUCUGAAGAUGUCUCAUCUACUGCAGCAUCAGAUUGAUUUGGAAUUUGUCAAUACUGCAGACGUUCUCAAUUUUGUGUGUGUUAAAACUCAAAAGUACGACGGAAGACGAAUUAGCUCUGCAUUAUUAUGUAUUAGUCGCAAGAGUAGCAUUACAUGAAUUUGUGAAUAAAG